CAAUUUCUACUAGCUUUCUUUUUUCAGUCUUUCUUUUUCAAUUUGUCAAUUUUUAUUCAUCAUUGUUUUACAUUGCAUUCUUUAAAGGAAGAUUUGCAGGUAUUCCAGGAACUCCCACAAAUUCAACAGGAGGAUAUGCAGAUCCACAUGAACUCAAAGUUGGAAAUAUUCGUUUAGAAAGGUGUGAGGCUGCUGGUUGUAUGGUGGAAUUGAUGAUUCAAUUAAUUGUUAUUAUGAUUGGGAAACAAGCAAUUAAUGGAUUUAUUGAAUUGGCAUAUCCGAUGGUUUGUUAUUGGUUUAGACGUUGGAGACUUUCAAAGCCUGAAACUGAGCAACAAAAAAUUGAAAGAAUUAAAAAAGAGAAGGAACAUUCGCCUGAUACUAAUGUUUGUUUGUGUGAAAAGGAUUAUGCCUUAAACCCCGUCUCUCAACAAUUUCUUUUUGACGAAUAUUUAGAGAUGGUUAUACAACUUGGAUUUUGUACAUUAUUCGUGGCAGCAUUUCCUCUAGCUCCACUUUUAGCUUUAAUUAAUAAUAUUUUCGAAAUUCGUUUUGAUGCUUAUAAAUUUAUUGUGACUAUGAGAAGACCUGUACCUGCACAAUCUAGAAAUAUUGGUGUUUGGCUUACAAUAAUAAAUAUGCUUUCAAAUAUUGCUGUAUUAUGCAAUGCUUUUGUAAUUGCUUUUACUUCUGAUUUUAUACCUAAAAUUUAUUAUAGAAUGACACAAGGGACUUUACACGGUUAUGUAAAUGAAACACUUUCUUAUUUUGAUUCUUCAAAAUUAGAAUUUGAAAAAUCUGGGUAUCCAACACAAAAUUAUUGUAGAUAUUGGGAUUUGAGAAGACCUCCUUGUUCUCUCGAAAAUUAUAAUUUUACAUUUGAUAUUCCUUGUGCUGAAAAUUAUGAAUUUACUGAUAGUUGGUGGAUUAUUUUGGCUUUUAGACUUGCUUUUGUUUUGGUUUUUGAAUUAAUUGUACUAACUAUUAAAGCAAUGUUUGCUUAUAUAAUACCAGAUAUGCCUACAGAAAUAAUUAAACAACUUAGAAGAGAACGAUAUUUGAUGAGACAAGCAGUUCUUCAAAGAAGAGAUUCUUUAGAAAUAGAUAAUACAACAGAUGAAACAAAUUCGAAUUCUUCUGAUAUUUUGGGUGAUUUUGAGGAUGAAGAAGGAGAGGAGGAGGAAAAAGAAGAAGAUAAAAAUAAUUUAAAACAACAACAAUUAUCAACAAAUUUUCAAAAAGAAGCAAAAGAAUUUGAUGCAAUGAAAAGAUUAUUUUCAAAAAAGAAAAGACCUUCAAUGCCAAUAACAACAACAAAACAAGAAGAAAAUAUUAAUCUGGAGGAUAUUGAAAAAACUUUACCUUCAACAAAUACAUCAGAAAAUAACAACAAAAACAACAAAUUACUCAAUAAAUGGCCCUCUCCCUCAAUGCUUGUUGUUCCCCCUCCAACUUUUGAAAUGAAAACAGCAAAAUCUAAAAGCAAAAGUAGUCGAGAAACGUCAACAACAAGUCAAAAAAGCAGCGAAAUUGACAGAGAAUAA